AUUUGAUGCCUGCAACAUGUUUCAAAAGAGCUGGCACAAGGGCAAAAAAUAUAUUGAGAAAGUUGAGGAAUGCUCAUUAUUUGGAACAUCCCACAGGUGUGCAGGCUAAUUGGGAACAGGUGGGUGCCAUGAUUGGCUAUAAAAGCAGCUUCCAUGAAAUGUUCACUCAUUCACAAACAAGGACGGGGUGAGAGUCACCACUUUGUCAACAAAUGCCGGAGCAAAUUGUUUAAGGACAACAUUUCUCAACAAGGAAUUUAGGGGUUUCACCAUCUACGCUCUGUAAUAUCUUCAAAAGGUUCAGAUAAUCUGGAGAAAUCACUGCACGUAAGCGGCAAGACCGAAAACCAACAUUGAAUGCCUGUGACCUUUGAUCCCUCAAGCGGUACUGAAUCAAAAUAAAAAUCAACAUCGGUGUGUAAAGGAUAUCACCACAUGGGCUCAGGAACACUUCAGAAAACCACUGUCGGUAACUAUAGUUUAUCGCUACAUCUGUAAGUGCAAGUUAAAACUCUACUGUGCAAAGUCAAAGCCAUUUAUCAACAACACCCAGAAAGGCCGCCGACUUUGCUGGCCCCGAGAUAAUCUAAGAUGGACUGAUGCAAAGUAGAAAAGUGUUCUGUGGUCUGACGAGUCCACAUUUCAGAUUGUUUUUGGAAACUGGAAGUGCUCAAAGUGUAAAAGGCAGCAUGUGUGAUGGUAUGGGGGUGUAUUAGUGUCCAAGGCAUGGCUAACUUACACAUCUGUGAAGGCACCAUUAAUGCUAAACUAUACAUACAGCUUUUGGAGCAACAUAUAUUGCCAUCCAUGGACGCCCCUGCUUAUUUCAGCAAGACAAUGCCAAGCCAGGUGUUACAACAGCAUGGCUUCAUAGUAAAAGAGUGCGGGUACUAGACUGGCCUGCCUGUAGUCCAGACAUUGAAAAUGUGUGAAGGCUAAAAUAUGAGGCAGGAGACUGUUGAACAACUUAAGCUGUACAUCAAGCAAGAAUGGGAAAGAAUUCCACUUCAAAAAUGUGUCUCCUCAGUUACUGAGUGUUGUUAAAAGGAAAGGCCAUGUAACACACUGGUAAAAAUGCCUCUGUGACAACUUUUUGGCAAUGUUUGGCUGCCCUUAAAUUCUACAUAAGUUGAUGAUAAUUUGCCAGAAAAAAUGAAGUUUCUCAGUGUGAACAUGAAAUAUCUUGUCUUUGCAGUCUAUUCAAUUGAAUAUAAAUUGAAAAUAAUUUGCAAAUCAUUGUGUUCUCUUUUUAUUUACCAUUUACACAACGGGACAACUUCACUGCUUUUGUAUUUACCUUAAACAAAAUGAUGUGCAAACUUUGUAUUGAUUAAGCAUUGUGUCACAAUGCAAGAUAUUUAGGACUUUCUUACUUUUGUAUAAACUUCCAAUAUGUUCUGAUUCUUGUUUUCUAUUAAGACCUUAAACAGCUGGAUGUUUACUUUCCUGAAAAAGUGCUCCUUUGCCAGACCUCGUGUGCAGAAUCUCAUGUUCUUGCAGCAAAAGCAAUAAACAGUUUAGGUCUCAUUCUGAUGUGUGAUAUUUCCUGCUUCUAGAAGACAUUCAUUGGGUUAAAAACCCUCCACGGGCGUGUUGGAGUCACCACAAACUGACCACAGCCACAAUCACAACGGCGCUGUCAAUCAUUUACAGUGGCGUCAUCGGUCUGGGUUGCAGGGAAAAGAAUAAGGAAGUGCGACUAUAAACCUUCGUACUUAAGACUUGACUCGAUGGCGAGAACCUUUGACAUCCUACAGGGUCCGUGAAGGAAGGGGUGUUUUUCUCCCAGGUGUCCGAGUGACGGGGCAGUGGAGGACACGAUGUGGACUGGUUGGUGAAGUCCGUGCCCUGCCAUGACCCAGACCCAGCUGUGUGCCUUGUGGCUGGGCUGCACCGGCUGGAUUCUAACCGCUGUGGCUCUUGGACUGGUCCAGUGGAGGGUUUGGGUGGUGAAGGACCACAAAGCCAUCAGCUCGGGUGUAGCCUGGGUGGGCCUGUGGAGGGCUUGCUUCAACAGCCACACGCAGGUGAGCCCCGGCUUUGUGGUCACACACUGCAGCUACAUCAGCUUGUUGGAGGCCUCCACGCCACCUGAGAUUGUAGCGGGUCAGGUUCUCAUGCUCCUGUCCGUGCUGGUGGGCUUGUUAGCAAACAGCAGUGGGGUUUAUGCCCUGAGGAACGUCCACUUUGGAUUGCAGAAGAACUUGCCCACAUGCUUCUUCAUCCCCGGAGCGAUGUUCUUGUCGGCUUCAGGGUUGUCACUCCUGCCCCUCACAUGGAAUCUAAGCUCAGUGGUAACCAAUCAGACCAUCGGGUUCCCCCCUGCGUUCAAGAUGCCCCAGGCCCCUCAUUCCCAGCAUGUGGGCUGUGGCAUUACCAUGGGUAUGGCAGGCACAGUCUUGAUGAUUGUGUCUGGGAUUAUGUUCUGUAGAUACGGGUCGCCGAUACCAUCGCUGCGGGACGGCUCUGUCGGAAAAGAUAACCCUUGCUUUGAUGAAAUUAGCUGAGAUGUAGACUUAUUCACAUCACAUCAGCUUUUUGGAGAUCUUCCAGAUUGUGACAUCCAUCCAUGCAUUAUCUACCACAGUGUCACAGGUGAGCUUACUUCAGGCAAGAGGCGAGGCACACCCUGG